AUGGCUUCACAAGCAGCAUACGCAGCCGAAAAGGCCAUUGGCCACCAAGACGACGCCAUCACCGCCCAGGAUGUAACCGAAUACAGCGGAAACAAAGGUGACGACGGCGAGCUCAUGAAGGCACUCGUAUGGCAAGGCAAGAACAAGGUCGAAGUUGUCACCGUUCCAAAGCCAAAGAUUCUCGAGGCCACCGAUGUCAUCCUCAAGGUCACCGGCAGCACGCUCUGCGGCAGCGACCUCCAUCUCCUCCACGGCUCCGUCGUCCAGAUGAACAAGGGCGACAUCCUCGGCCAUGAGUUCUGCGGUGUCGUCGACCAAGUCGGAUCCGCCGUCACCAAAGCACAGGUCGGCAAGCGCUACGUCGCCUCAUUCCAAAUCGCGUGCGGAAGUUGCGAGCGGACAAACUCCAACACCAUGGAGAAGUCCAUGUACGGCUCCCAAACGGCCGGCAUGUUCGGCUACUCCCACUUCACGGGCGGCUUCGCCGGCGGCCAGGCAGAGUACGUCCGCGUGCCCCUCGGCGACGUCAACCUCCUCGCCAUCCCAGACAACGUCCCCGACGAAAAGGCCCUCUACCUCUCCGACGUCCUCGCCACGUCCUACAACUGCGUCAAAGACACAGCCGUCUACCCCAACGACCAAGUCGCCAUCUGGGGCGCGGGUCCCAUCGGCCAAAUGGCAGGCGCCUUCGCCCUCGACGAGGGCGCCUCCAAGGUCAUCUUCGUCGACACUGAGCCGCGGCUCUCCUACAUCAAGUCCAAGUGGCCCGCCGCGCACGCGGACAAGCUCGCGCUCGUCGACUACACGACGCUCUCGCACGGCGUCACGAAUAAGGAGACGGUCGUCUCGCGGCUGAAGGAACUCUGCGGUGGUCGUGGGCCGGAUGCCGCGCUCGAGUGCGCGGCGGGAGAGUACCCCAAGGGCUGGCUGCACACGGUGGAGAUCGCGCUCGGCGCGGAGACGGACACGAGCGAGAUUGUCAACGAGAUGAUUGAGGGCGUGCGCAACUUUGGCAGGGCGGGCAUCACGGGCGUGUAUGUCGGGUACACGAACCACUUCAACAUCGGGUCGCUGAUGGAGCGCGGGGUGCGGCUCAUCGGUAAUGGGCAGGCGCCUGUUCAUUUGUACUGGGAGGAUCUGUUGAAGAAGAUCCAGGAGGGCAAGAUUGAUGUGUACCAGAUGCUCUCGCACCGCAUCCGUCUUGAUGACUUGGACAAGGUGUACUACAAGUUUGACAAGCAUGAGGAUGGGAUCCAGAAGAUUUUUGUCGAGACAAAGUUCUCGUUCCCUAGGGCGGAGGGAUCUCCCGAGUUGACGACGUAUUAG